ACUGCAGAAAAAUAUUAAACAUUUUCGAUUUAUUAAGAAAAAUUUCUAACACCCAAUCGAUCCGAGACUACGCGAGUUAUUAGUGAUUAUAUAAGAUCAGCAUUAGUCAAAUUAGUUAAAUUACGAUUUAUAUAUUUAAUAAGUCGUCUACCCUGCGAACAUACAUUCAUUCAAAUUAAAAAAAUGUGAAUAUUUUCUUUUCUUGUAUUUCAUAUUGUAUGUCUAAUGACUUGUUUGUGACAUAAAGGAAAAAUUGAAAAUAAUAUUUGUAAAAAGCAGAACGAAAAUAUGCGUAAAUUUUAAUAAUCGUUUUAUGAUUGUUAAAAGAAAAAUUUUCGAACAGUGGUGCUUUAAGUAUAGACAUUAACAGCCUAUAAGAAAAAAAAUCAAAAAAAAAAAAACAUAAAAAGCUAAUAUAAGAAACGUUUCGAUGGUGUCUAAGUGAAAAAUCCUCAUAUAAAAAUAUUUGUUACACAGCCAUUCAUACUUAUAGUAACUGCAACAUAAUAUGCAUUCGCUCGGUUGGAGUUCUAAGUUAAUAUCGCGUGCAUUGCGCAGUGGCUUCUCCGCAUUAUUAGAAACUACCACCAAUGUUACUUCAAAUAAUGGAGGUUCCAAGUCCAGGCCGCAUUUUAUAUCAGUCGUAUGUGGUUUUCCGAAAGACUUUUUAACAUCAAAAUAUAAACCGGGCAAAUAUGGUGAAGAUUCAUGGUUCAAAACAUCAACUUCUAAUGCGGAUGUCUUAGGUGUUGCGGAUGGUGUUGGCGGUUGGCGUAGUUAUGGCAUCGAUCCUGGCGAAUUCUCAUCAUUUCUUAUGAAAACCUGCGAACGUUUAGUUCAUUGUGUUAAUUUCAAUCCGCAACGACCAGUUAAUCUCCUAGCUUAUAGUUAUUGUGAAUUGUUGGAACAAAAGAAACCCAUUUUAGGUAGUAGCACAGCUUGCGUGCUUGUACUGAAUCGUGAGAAUAGUACGGUCUAUACGGCGAAUAUUGGAGAUAGUGGUUUUAUGGUAGUGCGCAGGGGCGAAAUUGUACAUAAGUCAGAGGAGCAGCAACAUUAUUUUAAUACGCCCUUUCAGUUGUCACUGCCACCACCUGGUCACGAUCAUAAUGUCCUAAGCGAUAGUCCAGAUUCAGCAGACACUUUGAGCUUUCCCGUUAAGGAUGGUGAUGUCAUUUUGGUGGCUACAGAUGGCGUCUUCGAUAAUGUGCCCGAAAAACUAUUAUUGGAUAUGUUAAAAGAAGUUGAAGGUGUAACAGAUCCUGUUAAACUACAAAUGACUGCGAACUCCCUGGCGUUGAUGGCUCGCUCGUUGUCGUUCGACAGUGACUUUAUGUCACCAUUUGCAAUUAAUGCAAGACGUAAUAAUAUAAAUGCAACGGGCGGCAAACCUGAUGACAUAACUGUGGUACUCGCGACUGUAGCAAUUUAAUUUUUUUUUUUUUGUGUUUUAAUUUUAAGAUUAUUUUAACUUUUGAUAUCAUGUGUAUAACGAAGCGAAAAUAGUUAAUUUUUUUCCAUUAUAACUUUAUUUCUCUAUUUUUGUCCCUCUCAA